GAAUCACAAUCUCGAAUCGACUAAGUUAGUAUUACGAGAAACGAGUAACGCUUAAGUUGUCCUUUUGCAAUUAACGCAACAACGACGACCGACGACGACGGUGUGGUGGCGAUUGGAAAAAAUUUCGCGUUUCAUAAAGAGAUAAAAAGAGAUACCAUCCAACUUAAAGAUACAUUAACCUGUGAUUGAAAAUGGCAAAUCGUGAACUUAUCAUUGUAGCCUUUGUUGUGCUAGCAUGCUGUUGUUGGAGUGUAUCAGCUAAAUUUGGUGAUAAGAUCACAGUGAAAGAGAAGGACAUGAUGAGGAAAUCGAUUGUUUUCGACAAAAAAACACCCGAUGUGUUUUAUUGUCCAAUGCAAAAACCAUCAACAAUGAAUAAGCUUAUUGUGAGAUCACGUCCACUUCAUAAGCUUUGUGAAUACGAAGGUCAACCACUGCCAGAGGAUUAUAAAUCAGAUUGUUAUCAGGAUCUAGAUGAAUCUGAUUAUGCAUGCAAGGAAAAGUAUAGGAUAAUGAUGAGAAAAUAUCCACCAGGCAGUGAACAACCCUACAAUGGAACACGUCUCAAGCGUUUCAUGGAUCUAGAUGCUGAGAUUAGUGAAAAAAUGGAAAGAGUCUCAAAAACUUUGGAUUUUCAUGAUGUUGUGAUUAAAUAUUAAUGCAUAUGUGUACAUAUAUUUUUAACUUCUUCACAAGAAUUUUUGUAUAUCAUCAAGUCAGCGGCUGGGUCCAAUCGCCAUUUUAUUUAAUGUUUUAUUUCAUCAUUUAUAUGUACUUUUUUUUGUUCUCGUUUUGUUUUGUAACAAUACAAAUAUUUUACUAAUUUAUUAAACCAAAAAAAUAACGGAAAUGUCUGUGUACAAUUGUUUAAGUUGAGUUAUUAUUUUUUAGUUUUAUUUUGUUCCUAAAAUGCGUUUAACCUAUAUGAGUUUUGAAUAUCUUUAAAUUGUGUAAAAAAUGUAUAAUAAAAUUCAGCUUUUUAAAAAUUA